AUGCAUUUGAUGUCUUUGGAUGCUCUGUACGAAGUAGAGAUGAUAGCAUGGCACCUUUUUGCACCAAGCUACACCGAAACCCAUUAUAGCCAAAAUGGAACUCCCCAGACUUUCACUUUGAACAACACAGAUCACUGCUUUUAUCAUGGUGUAGUAAGAGGGAUGGAAGACUCAAGUGUGGCCCUCAGCACAUGCAAUGGUCUACGAGGCCUUAUAAUACUGAGCAAGAACCUCAGUUACAUCUUGGAGCCACUUUCUCACAGGGAAGGACAGCACUUGAUCUACAGGUCUGAACAUUUCAAGCUUCCCUGGGGUAGCUGUGGAAAUCAGCAUUCAGGGUCAACGGCAAUGAAUUGGUUUACAGAGUUGACAGGGCAAGCUGAGCCAGGUUUUCACCGAGUAAAGAGGGAUGAUCAGCAAUCUACAAAAUAUGUGGAACUUCUAUUAGUGGCUGAUUAUGCAGAGUUUCAGAAGCAUAAUAAUGAUCUUCAAGCAACGAAGAAUAAAUUACUGGAGGCGGCUAAUUAUGUAGAUAAGUUUUACAAAUCCCUGAACAUACGGGUUGCUCUGGUUGGCCUUGAAGUCUGGAAUGACUUCAAUAAAUGUGACAUCUCUGAGAACCCCCAUUCAACCCUGUGGUCAUUUCUUUCUUGGAGGCGCAGAAUCCUAAUGCAUAAAAAGCACGACAACGCCCAGCUGGUCACUGGAAUGUCCUUCCAUGGUACAACUAUUGGUUUAGCACCUUUGAUGGCCAUGUGUUCUAUCUAUCAGUCUGGAGGAGUGAACAUGGACCACUCUGAAAAUGCCAUUGGUGUUGCAGCCACGAUGGCUCACGAGAUGGGGCAUAACUUCGGCAUGAGCCACGAUUCAGCCGGCUGCUGCACAGCCAGUGCAAGAGAUGGAGGGUGCAUCAUGGCUGCUGCCACAGGGGAUCCAUUUCCCCGGGUUUUUAACAGGUGCAAUAAGAAGGAGCUGGACCGAUACUUGCAGUCUGGUGGAGGGAUGUGUCUGUAUAAUAUGCCUGAUACCAAGACCUUAUAUGGAGGACAGCGAUGUGGAAAUGGUUAUCUGGAAGAAGGAGAAGAAUGUGAUUGUGGAGAAGUGGAGGAAUGCAAUAAUCCCUGUUGUAAUGCUGCUAAUUGCUCUCUGAAGGCUGGUGCUGAGUGUGCGCAUGGAGCCUGCUGUCACCUGUGCAAGCUGAUUUCACCGGGAACUCUUUGCCGAGAGCAAGCUAGACCAUGCGACCUGCCGGAGUACUGUACAGGCAAAUCCCCUUUCUGCCCUGCAAACUUCUACCAAAUGGACGGCACUCCAUGUGCAGACGGGAGAGCCUAUUGCUACAGUGGAAUGUGCCUCACUUAUGAGCAGCAGUGUCUCCAGCUCUGGGGAUCUGGAGCUAGGCCAGCCCCCGACCUCUGCUUUGAGAAAGUAAAUGCUGCUGGAGAUUCCUAUGGGAACUGUGGGAAGGAUACCAACGGCAGAUACAAGACCUGCAGUGCCAGGGAUGCUAAGUGUGGCAAGAUCCAGUGCCAGAGUUCUGCUUCUAAGCCUUUGGAGUCCAACGCUGUUGCGAUUGAUACAACAAUCACCUUAAAUGGAAGGCAGAUCCACUGUCGUGGAACUCACGUCUAUCGUGACGAGGAAAACGAAGGGGAUAUGUUGGACCCAGGACUUGUGAUGGCAGGGACAAAGUGUGGGGACAAUCAUGUUUGCUUUGAGGGGCACUGUCAGAACACCUCUUUCUUUGAUACUGGAGACUGUGGGAAGAAGUGCAAUGACCAUGGA